GUCAACCCGAAUUGUACUUCCGGGUCGUGAAACAUCAUAACAAGAAGCAUUGAAGUAGAGAGAAAGGUGCAAAAUAUGCUCCCGACAAAGCAUUAAAAGUAUGCUAUAGUACUGAUAUUCCAACUGUCAAAGUGACACAGGCUAAUGGAUAACAUGACAAGGAUCGUUUUGGAGUAUCAAACAUCAAAAUCUGCAAACCUUGACUGAAGAAAUUUGCGUUCAAAAAGUUCUGAAAAGUUUUAAAUUUCUAUUAAAUCAUGGCGGAUGAUAGCCAGUCAUUGCGAUCUUCGUCGUCGUUCGGUGCGCAUGAUGGUCGAAAGGAAAAAUACCACGAGGGAUGGCUAGAACAUAAACCACAGAAUAAGAAUCAAUGGACAAAAUACUGGGUUGUCUUAAAAGGAGAUCAAAUAUUCAUCUUCAAGAACAAGUCUACUCAGAACCCAGAUAACUUGGUGGGUAUGCUCCCUCUUGGGAAAGACACUGAGUGUAAGAAUGGCACUGAUGGGAAAAAGGGACCUUAUAAACUUGAGGUUAUUGUUUCUAUAUUUGGCAUGCAAAAUAAACGCCUUGUCAAUAAGUUUAAGUGUGAACAGCGCAAUGACAGGGAUCUGUGGAAAGCCUACAUUAUAGGAUUAGGAACAGGUAGUCUACCAUCUGACCUUGAUUUGCUACCAGGUCAUCGAAUAGAUGUUCAAAAAGCAAUUGAUGAUUUUCACUACACUGACCAUCCCCCUGCGUUACCAGGGCGACGACCCUCACUCACAGGAUCAAUGGGGUCAGGGACAAUGUCAUCACCCAAACAAAAUGAAGGAGACUACAUCAACACAAGAGGAGUGACUCCAAUAUCUCCUGGAAGACCUCAAAGAGUCCAUUCCGUUUCAACUCCAGGGGUCUCAUUUGAUUCAAGUUCUGGGGGUUCUGCUGCUAAUUCUAUGCAAUCCAAUUCUUCUGAUGAACCUUAUAUGAAACAUAAAUUCUGGAAUGGGGUGGACAGAGCUGGUACCCCUGCUCCAAGCUGGUUUUUUGAGAGAUGUUCCCGGGACCAGGCAGAGUCAAUACUUACAAACAAUCGUAGAUAUGGAAGUGUUCUGUUGAGGGAAAGUACAACAUUCCGAGAAACAGGAAGUUAUGUUGUAUCUUGGCGACGUGUUACUGGAGGGAAUGCUGUCAUUAGUCAUUAUGAAGUGCAGCGUGUUGCUGAGGGCUUCAAGCUAAAUAUUCAGCAAUGUCCGCAGCCACAAAGAUGUUUGUGGGAUAUAAUGCAGUAUUUCCUGGAUCAUGCUGGGCUUGAUGCUGUUUUAUUUACUGAAAAUAAUUUAAACCAUUUAGAUGGAAUCACUGAUCCACCAUAUGAAAAACAAAUAUUUCCAAAUUCCCUACAUACUCCAGAAGGAUUUUUUCCACCAGGAAGUGAUGAGAACCAUAAUUUAGAUAUUGAGGAUGAUGAUACUUUAUACGUGAAUGAAGAUGUCAUAAAUGAAGCUGCAAAAAAUUUCGCUUCAACAGCUAAAAAAGGAAACGUAAAGCCAGAUUAUGAGAAUGAGGACAUGAUAGAGCAAUUUAGUAAAAUGAAGAGAGACUUGCAUACACCAGCUCCUGGGCAAGUUUUUAGCACUCUGAAUCCAGCAUUUAAUACUGAACCACGUCCCAGGACUACUCGGUUACAUUCUUCACCUAAUAUAUUCAGCACCAACACGACUGGGCGGCCAUCAUUGAGACACAACAGUAGUAAUCCAAACUUACAGCAGAGAGGUUCUCAAUGUAGAGCAUCAGACCAUUUGGGGGAGUUUGAAGAGCUCUAUAUGAACAUGCAUAUAGCAGAUGAAGUUACCCCAGAUUCAGGAGAAACAUGUAUGUAUGAUGACACACGUGUUACACAUCAUAGCCACUCGGCUAGGGGACAAGGGUCUUAUAACUCUGGUGGUAGAAAUCAAAACUCAAGAUCUUCCUUGCCAACUCAAUCUACUUCAUCUAUGAACAAGCCUGGGCUAGGUGGCAACUUGGAGGACUGCGAUUCAUAUCUUGAACCAUCAUCCUUUGUUUAUGAAGACACAGCUAAAAGUGCUACUAUUCCGGGAAAAGUCAAGGUUCAAUGGCCUCCAAAACUCAGUAGUUCAACCCAAUCUAACAUGGGUGGUAACCGGCCUAUUCCUAACAGACUUUCUAAGACAUCAUUGCGAUCUGAUGACUCGGCAUAUUACAGUGAUCCAUGUGGUGUUGGGGAAAUGUAUGAGGAGCUUCAGCCAGUUCAAGAUGAUGAAAUAGCACCCAGUGUACCCAGUCCACCAGCAUUUAACCCUGGGGCUGCAAAAGCAGCGUUACGCCCUACACCCCCCAGGGCAGUACCCCCUGCUGGAGUUGGGGGAGGAGUGACUCCCGAUCCUAGAAUGAUGGGAGAAUUGGCCUCAACUUUAGCUAAAUAUAAGCGGCAACAUAGUGAGUCCAUAUACGGUACACAUCAAGCACAAUGAAUCUAUAGAUGGUACACAUCAAGCACAAUGAAUCUAUAGAUGGUACAUAUCAAAUACAAUGAAUAUAUAGAUGGUGCAUAUCAAACACAAU